AGAGGUCACUGUUGUGCCGUUGUAGAAGGAAAGACGUCUUCUUACCCACAAACAGUAACUGAAAUCUCUCUUUACAGGUUAUCAGUGACUAGUCAUGGCUGCUGUGUACAAACUCUUAUUCUGUGCCCUCCUCUUCUGCUUCCUAACUGUGACUCAGGGACAGAUGGUGGUGGACUGCUGUCUGAAGGUGAGCGACCAUGAGAUCCCCAGACAGCUGGUCAGAAGCUACCAGCACCAGCACCGAGGCCAGGGCUGCUCGCUGGACGCAGUCAUCUUUGUGACCAAGAAGAACCGCUUCCUGUGUACCACACCUGGCCAGCCCUGGGUCAGAGACCUCAUCAACCAUGUGGACCACCUGACCAAGAAGUGUCGGAGCACCAACUUCCAGGGUAAACGCUGCAGAGGUUUGAAGCCACAGGCAGUCUGAGCUGGGUGCCCUGGUCGAGGAUAGAGGAGCAUGCUGACUCAGACGGCCGACAGAAUAAGAUCUAAAAUGUGAUUCUUCUUCUUCACCACUGAAGCACUUUCCGUCUGUUCCUGACCUGACACGAGUCCAUGUUGUUACUUAGAAGUACAGAUAUACAUCUAGCAGUUAUCGUCAGAGGCAGGACAAUAUAGGACACCAUGAUGGGCAGCUAAUAACAAAUUCCAUUAGAACAGAUUUCUUUUACUUUUUACUGUUUUGUUACAUUUGUCAAAUUGUAUUUUUUUAACAGAACCUUUCAAUAAAGAGAUUAAUUUAAAAUCAA